CAUCAAGCUCCAUAAUAAUGCUACGGCCGUGAGAGCUGACGGCCUCUUCAAGAGAUACAUUCUCAGCAAGCCUGGGAGAUAUCAUCCCCCUUUGUCUUGUCUUGUGGUAAGGAUUGUUCUCAUUGCUAUACAUUAAAGCUUCCACAUCGCAAAUCAACUAUGGCAGUUCCCAGGUCCGAAUAUCUCUCUUCGGUUUGGAGGGAUGGUAUCUUUGAUAAAAAAGUCGUAUUCUGUACUGGAGGCGCGGGAACGAUAUGCAGUGCUCAAGUUAGAGCGCUUGUUCAUCUUGGAGCCAAUGCCUGCAUCAUCGGACGAAAUGUAGAGAAGACGGAGAGAAUGGCAAAGAACAUAGCUACAGCACGCAAUGGAGCAAAGGUCAUUGGCAUUGGUGCUGUGGAUGUCAGAAAGAUUGAGGAUUUAGAAAAGUCUGUCGCAAGAUGUGUCAAGGAGUUGGGAGGAAUUGACUAUGUCAUUGCCGGCGCAGCAGGCAAUUUUCUUGCUCCGAUUGAAGGGCUUUCCUCGAAUGCCUUCAGAACAGUCAUUGAGAUCGAUACAAUAGGCUCUUUCAAUACCCUCAAAGCGACGGUUCCCGAGCUCAUCAAGUCUGCUGCAAAGAACCCAAACACAGGCACAAAUCCCUCGACAGGUGGUCGCAUAAUCUUUAUAUCUGCCACAUUUCAUUUCACUGGCAUGCCAUUGCAAGCCCACGUCUCUGCCGCGAAAGCUGGUGUAGAUGCCAUCUCAGCAUCUGCGGCUUUGGAAUUUGGACCGCGCGGUAUAACAUCGAAUAUUAUAACACCUGGUCCCAUUUGGGGAACAGAGGGUAUGGCUAGACUGGGUAGCAGAGACGCCGAGAAAAGUGGUGUGGCAUUUAAACAUGUUCCACUGCAAAGAUACGGAACCGUGAAGGAGAUUGCUGACGGAACUGUUUAUCUGUUCAGUGAUGCGGGAAACUAUGUCAACGGUGAAGUUCUGGUUAUUGAUGGUGGCGACUGGAGAUCACCUAGUGGUAUGGGAGGUACCACAACAUACCCAGAUUAUUUGCUUGAUGGGUCGUUCGUUCGGCCAAGUGCUCAGAAGGCGAAAUUAUAGAAGGAAGAUGAGCUAGACGAUUGCGGUUUAUGUUAGACACCAUUGCAUGUCUCAAAGUCUUGAGGCUUACUUGGAUAUGUUGAGUCUCUUCAGGAACGAUGUAAUGAAUCAUUUUUUAUUUCCUCUGAAAAUUGCUCGGCUAUUCUACGUCGUCUUGACCAAAUUACAUCUAAAGUCAUUUUGAUGUUGGGUGACCCAGGUGUUCUAAAGUGCCUAAUUCUAGCGAUUCAUCUUCUUUCAUCGGCUCAACUUAGCAAUGUGGACUUGCUUAGAAAGUCUCAUGAAGCAUCAACACUU